AUGAGCGAGCCGCCAAAAGAUGAAGACUACUCUCAAUUGGCUCUUGAAGACAGGCUAGUUCAUAAAGCUUGGAAGGCUAGGGUAGACGGCUAUAAAACGUUAAUACAAGAGUUUGAGGAGUCUCGAAAUGUCAAUGACGCAUGUUUUGAUCUAAUUUCCAAUAAUCCAGACCUCUUGAAAGCUUUUGUUACGGAUUCUAAUGUGAUUUCUCAGGAGUCCGGAAUAUUGGCUCUGGCUAAGUAUCUUCAGUAUGGAGGUACAACCGAAAGAGUCGAAAAGCUCAAGCAGCAUCCGGUGAUACGCUCUCUAUGUGAAAAAGGAUUGGCUUCCAGUAGAUCUGGAACAAAAGCAAACACGAUUGAAGUAUUUUUGCAAUUGGUUGAAAUAUCGGGCUCAGGAGACUGGGUGUUUGAAGUUAUCAGCACCUUUUUCGAUAACAGAUUGCCAAAAUUAGUGGCUGGAUGCGUGAAUUGUACUUCCCAGAUUGUUGAGCAAUUUGGUUGUAGCAUAAUCUCUCCUAAACCCAUAAUUCCCUUUCUUGCAAAGCUUUUCGCACACGCUGACCGAAAUGUGAGAGCAGAGACUACAAAGUUGACUGUUGAGCUAUACAAAUGGCUUGGCGAGGGACUCAUACCCCUUCUCUUUGAUAGCUUAAAACCAGUGCAGCAGCGUGAUUUGACCUCUGAGUUUGAAAAAGUGAAGGAUGUAAAAGCAGUCCAAAUCAGGAAAACAAGAGCGCAGCAAGCCGCCGCCGAAUCUCAAAUACAUAAUGGCGCUAACGGCAUCUCAGAAAUGGAUGUCGAUCACUCCGAAGAUCCUAGAGAGUCUUUUGACCCAUAUGAAAUGCUUGACCCUGUUGACAUUCUCAGCAAAAUCCCGCCACAAUUCAAUCAGAAAUUAGGAUCCUCCAAAUGGCAAGAUAGAAAGGAGGCCAUGGAAGAACUCAAUGAUGUACUCAAAAAGGCUCCAAAACUCAUGCACAGCGACUAUUCAGAUCUUGUGAGGUCCUUCGCAAAAGCACUAAAGGAUGCCAACAUACAAGUAGUACAACUAACAGCCAACGCCAUUGAAUUUCUACUGAAAGGAUUGCAUGAAGAAUUUCGCAAAUACCAGAAUCUUGUCUUUUCUCUCAUGAUUGAACGAACGAAGGAGAAAAAGCCCCUGGUGUCUCAAGCUAUAUUAAACGCUAUGUUCUCAAUCUUUGAAUACUCCUCGUUACAGGAUAUUCUUGAAGAUACAAUCGCUGGAAUGAAACAUAAGACUCCACAGAUAAAGAUAUCUUCUAUGAAUUUUCUUCUGAAAUGCCUAGCUGUUUCCAAAACAAAACCGAAGACUCAACAGGUGGACGUAAUCAUGGACGUUGCUGUAAAACUUUUGAGCGAUCCUCAAGAGCCUGUGAGGCAAGCAUCCACAGAACUCACUGGAACACUCAUGAAAAUUGUUGGCGAAAGAGAAUUACGAAAGGCGCUCGCAAACAUCGAUGAAAAUAGACUCGCAAAAGUCAAAGUUGUCUACGAAACGGUACAGGUUGCAAUUCUGGGGCAAAAUUCAGAGAGAACUACUACCACAUCUUCAUUGGCCUCGAAACCUCCUUCGGUUCCCAAGACAAAACCUGUAGUGCAGAGCACUAUUAAGAAUCAAGUACCCAUGGUCAAAGCCAUUCCAACCAAACGUAUAGCCACAUCUCCGGCACGCAGAGAUGAUUCUAGUAGUAAAGCGCCUGCUAAGAGUUUUACUGGCAGAACGUUGCUUCAAUCAAAGCCGACCUUAGAGGCUCCCAAACUUGUACCACAAGCCUCUAGCUCCCCUGAGCAUCAACAAGAACUAGACUUACUAAGAAAGGACAAUGCGCUUUUACUGAGCCGAUGUGAGCAGCUCACAAUUGCCGCCUCGACACGAGAGGAUGAGAUUGUUUCAUUGAAAACGGAGAAUGGGCUUUUACGUGCCAAGCUAGAGCAGUUAGAAAUGGAGUUGAAUGAAGGAAACACAGCUGCAAGACAAAAAUAUUUGAAGGUCGCCAGACUCGUCAGCGACUUAGACAAUGCACAAUCUAAAAUUAAAAGCUUGGAACAGAAGGUGGAGAUGGCAAAGCUCCAGCAGAGUACCUCGCUGACCCCUUCUCUUCUUCCGCCGAUGGUAAGUGAAUCUAGUCGCUUUUCACCGUUUAGGUCUCCAGAUAGAUUGUCGAAGCUGCGGUUGUCUCUGCAAGAACUCAGCUCCCGCGUUGACAGAUUGUCAAUUGAUGGUGGAAUACCAGAUGCAAAAGUUUCAGAGGACGACAAUGACACGGCGAAGAAGCUGUACGAUUUCUCUGGUGAGGAAGACAGCUGGAGAAGAGCUGCUGAGGUAACAGCGGAGCUCAAAGCCAGGAUCGAGAAAAUGAAACAGAGAAAUAAGAUGUCUAUAAGACCAUAG